GCAGUUGCAGAGCUUGGAGAUGGUGUGUAUUGAAGAGGGAGCUCAAUAAUGGGGACACACCGACUGUCAAUCUCUGACCCUUGCAUGUGGGUUACUCCAAUUCUCCCAUUCCUCCAUCUCCAUGUCAGUGCAGAAGCAGCAGGAGCAGUAGCAGGAGCAGCAGCAGGAGGAGCCGAUGCCGUUUACUACCUCGGAGCUUCGCAUGGUUGCUGUGAUCUUGUGCCCUCAUGGUUGAGAUUCGCUCUGCAAUGGUGGAGCUUCGCAACUGCUUCAUAGUUUAGCUGCCUGCGGACGGCGUCGGUGAGCAGCUGGUAAUGUCGUCCGGUCGGGGGACGUGAGAGCUACGGGGACGAAGGAGCUUGAGAUCCCAUGUGCUGGCGAGGUGGAUUUGCGCAGAGUAGUCGAUCAAGUCUGACUUGGUCUUUGUGCGACUCUGAGCAGUACCUUGCUUGUGCAACUUAGAGAGGGAGGCCAACUGAAGGUCACCAUGGCUGCUUCCAAGACCUCCAGACCAGGAGAGAGGCUGGGGAGCCCGUCCACGUACGUCAUCAUAGGGUCGGUAUUGAUAGGUUUCUUCUUGGUCGCGGUUUGGGUGUCCACUACACCAGCAGCAAUUCCAGAGAAAUCCGACGGAGGACCUGCUGGAAGGAGCAGUUCUGUGAACUCCAAUGCCUGGCCUGAAAAUACAGUACCGAGCACUUCGGGAACGGAAAAUUCAUCUACUUUGAAAGAAGGACCCUCGAAUCCAGUUCCAGACGCUGACCAACUCACAAAUGAGCCACUUGGGAAGACACAACCCAUGGAGGAGAUUCCUGAUAACAUCUCGACGCUGGUGGAGUUAACCACGGAGAAUAAUGAAUCGAACAAGACAAGCUUCGAGACCCAGGACAUGGAGUCGAAGGAGGAGAAGGCCGAAAUCCAGAGAGACAGUUCCACUGCACCGGAGUCAAUUCCUGAGGACACCACUAAAACUUCCUUUCUGAGGGUGCAGGAUGGUGCUGCCAAGACUUGGACACUUUGCAAUUUUGCUGGAGCACAGGAUUUCAUUCCUUGCCUCGACAAUGAAGCAGCUAUCAAGAAGCUGAAGUCGCGAAAGCACUACGAGCACAGGGAACGCCAUUGUCCCUCCGAAGAGGACCUUCCCAAAUGCUUGCUUCCAUUGCCAGCUAACUAUAAGGUUCCAAUCAAGUGGCCCUCGAGUAGAGAUCAAGUAUGGUUCAGCAAUGUGCCCCACACGCAAUUAGUGUCCUACAAGGCGGAUCAAAAUUGGGUGAAGGUGUCGGAGAACAAGCAGAAGCUCAUUUUUCCCGGUGGUGGCACGCAAUUCAAGCAGGGCGCAACGCACUACAUCGACUUUCUACAAGAGGCUGUGCCCGAAGUAGCCUGGGGAAAGCACACUCGCGUCAUUUUGGACGUGGGUUGUGGAGUUGCGAGCUUCAGUGGCUAUCUUUUUGACAAAAAUGUUCUGGCGAUGUCUAUAGCUCCCAAGGAUGAGCAUGAAGCACAGGUGCAAAUGGCAUUGGAGCGUGGCAUUCCAGCUGUAUCCGCUGUUAUGGGCACUCAACGUUUGGUCUUCCCGAGCAAUGUUUUCGAUGUUGUGCACUGCGCUAGAUGUCGUGUUCCAUGGCAUAGUGACGAGGGAAUGCUUCUUGUUGAGCUGAAUCGCGUUCUAAGACCAGGGGGCUACUUUCUGUGGUCGGCAACCCCUGUGUACUGGAAGGACGAGGAGAACGUUCAAAUAUGGAAAGACACAAAAGUUAUCACAGAAAGACUGUCUUGGAAGUUGGUGGCCAAGAAGAACGAUCCCACAACAAAGAUAGGGGUGGCUGUAUUCCAGAAACCUACAGACAACAAUCUGUACGAUCUUCGGAAGCCUGACGCCACCCCACCAUUGUGUGAACCUGACGACAAGCCAGACGCAGCCUGGUACAUCCCAAUGAAGUCAUGUAUACACAAAAUCCCAUCCAAAGAGGGAGCAAGAGGCACAAGCUGGCCAGCUGAGUGGCCUCUCCGUGUGGAGGCGACUCCGUCGUGGCUAAGCACCAGCGAGAAGGGCAUCUAUGGGAAGCCUGUGGCGGAGGAUUACCGUGCAGACGCUGAUCACUGGAAGCGCAUUGUUGAGAAGUCCUAUUUGCAGGGAGUCGGCAUUCAGUGGAGCUCGGUCCGCAACGUGAUGGAUAUGAAGGCUGGCUAUGGAGGGUUUGCAGCCGCGCUGGUGAUGCAGCCCCUGUGGGUGAUGAACAUCAUCCCUGUGACGGAGCCAGACACAUUGCCAAUUAUAUAUGACCGUGGUUUAAUCGGCAUGUACCACGACUGGUGUGAGCCUCACAGCACGUACCCACGCUCCUACGAUCUCAUGCACGCCGACCACUUGUUCAGUACACUCACUACCAAGUGCAGCAUUGUUAACGUGGUGAUGGAGAUGGACCGCAUUUUACGUCCUGACGGAUGGGCAGUCUUCCGUGACGGUGCGGACGUGCUCCGCGAAAUAGAAGAACUGGUGAAGUCGUUGCAUUGGAAUGUAGUGCUUGCAUACACACAGGGUGACGAGGAACUUCUUGUAGCAAGGAAAAGUUUCUGGCGACCUGAGGCUACCCGAUAAAAGUGAGAAAACAUUCAUUAAACCCUGAACUUACUUCUUCAGAAGCCCUGCUGCAAGCCCAAGGCGACGCUGACCAAAAUGAGCGCUACUUUUUUUGCUCCCUUCAGGCUGCAAUUCAGGAAUUGAAUAGUCUCGACCACCACUCUUUGAUUCAUCACCGUUGAUUUGAGUUAAUUAUUUUUGGUUUGUAGACAAGAGAGGGGUGGAAUCAAUUACAAUACAACGUAGUUUCACAAAGUACCAAUCUUUGGAGUGUUUUUGGUCUGCAAGUGCCUCUAGCCAUGUAGGUGCCGGAGCGCAGCUAGUAACUAAGAUAUCAUAUCUCUGUAGCGUCCAUAGCCACAACCUGAGUGAGCUGCCACAUCACACGAUAAUUUUCAGUCCAGGGACGCAUAUGAACUAUAUUAUUUGUUUUUUCAUUGGAAAUGAACGAUUGGCGUCCCUUUCGAAACUUUUACUACCCCAGCA